UCCGGCCACGGCCAUGGCGCUGGCGGAGGCGGGUGCCCGCGGGCGGGCGCUGCUCUGGCCCCGCGUCGUCCUCUUCGGAGACUCCAUCACUGAGUUCUCCUUCCAGGAGAAUGGCUGGGGGGCGUACCUUGCUGAGAGACUGGUCAGAAAAUGUGAUGUUGUGAACCGUGGGCUCUCAGGGUACAACACCAGAUGGGCUAAACUGAUCCUCCCAAGACUGAUCCCUAAAAGUGAUAGUGCUGAGAGUACUGUUGCAGUUACCAUUUUCUUUGGAGCUAAUGACAGUGCUUUGAAAGAUCUGAACCCCAAGCAGCACGUCCCGUUGGAGGAGUAUGCUGCGAACUUAAAGGCCAUGGUACAGUACCUGAAGUCAGUCGGUAUUACUGAAGACAGGAUUAUUCUGAUAACACCGCCACCCCUCCAGGAAUCAGCCUGGGAAAAGCAUUGUCUUGCCAAAGGUGACCAGUUAAACCGCCGCAACGCCACCACCGGGCAGUACGCGCAGGCCUGCGCGCGGGUGGCUCAGGACUGCGGCACGGACGUGCUCGACCUCUGGACACUGAUGCAGAGAAAGCAGGAUUUCUCUUCCUAUUUGUCUGAUGGCCUUCAUUUAUCAAGAGAAGGCAACAGCUUUGUGGCAGCACAGCUCUGGUCACGCCUGGAUAAGAAGCUGUCUGCCCUUCCUUCUCUCCUGCCUUACUGGCGUGAAGUGGACCACAUGCAGCCCGAGGCCAGUCUGCUGUGAGCUGCCCAUGGAGUGCCUGGCCCAGGGGACCACACUCUCUGCUAAAGCUGCUCCUCUCAGACACCAUGGGGCUGGUAAGAGGCAGGAGCACGGAGCUUGUCAAAAGCCCUUAACGUCAGUCCAGAGUCAUUUCUUUGGAUGCCAGGAAAAGCUCUUAGCUGUACUUCAGCCAGGCUUCUGAUAGCAAUACACUGGAGUUCAGAGCAGGAGUUUCAGAGUGUGAUGUUCUUUGGCACCAACAGCAGCUUCUUGACCCCUGGCUCUUGUAUACAGACACAGAUGUCAAAGCAGCACCUGACCUGGGAUAGCAUAAAACUGGUGAUGCACAUCCUCAUUUUGAGAGCUUGGAGAAACUACUGGAAAGAGCUGGCCUCUGCUGACAAAGCUGCACCAUUGCAUUUGCCAUCAAGCUAAGGAGACCUUUCAAGGGAGCUUUGGCAUUCAUCCGUAAUUUAACAACGGAUAUAACAGAUGAGUGCUGCACACUAACUAGCUGGAGUUUUUGGCCAAGAGAAAAAAAUUCAACAAGAAAACUACUGGUACAAGCUGCAGAAGACUGCCUGCAACCUAGAUGAAAUUCAACAAGCAUGGGGAAAAAAAGGGGUUUAACAAGUUAGACAGGGGCAGAAAUAAGGAUAUUACUGGACCAUGAAUUACACCCAAAUAAAGAGCAGAGCACUGCAAAUAUCCCCCUACCUAAUUCUAGGCUGUAUAAACAGACAGCCAAGGCUGGGAAUGCUGCCUAUGGCACGUGGGGUGGAACAGCAAUGAGAGUGUUGAGCCCUCCUGCCUUCGCUGGUGCCACGAGGCUGCCUUUGGUGACUAAGGCAAGUUGGCCAACUCUCUUGUCCUAAUGUUAGAAUUGAAGCCUGACUAGUUGUUUCUCACCACAAGCCCUUUUGAUUUAUAAACAUUUCUGGCUAUUACACUGGAGCCUCCUUUCUGUAAUAAAUACCUAUUAUAAAGACAGAACAGCAGAAUGGGUGAAGGCCAAACAGUGGAAGGGGCUCCCCAGGGAAGCUGUGUCUCUCCCUGCCUUCUUAGAUGUUACAAACCAACCCUGGAAGCACAGGUGGUUUCUCGAAUGCAGCUCAUGGUGGGAGGUGGGUUCUGUGAUCUCUGAGGCCUGCCCUUAAACCUUUUCCUGCCACUGUUGUCUUUCCACCUUGGCAGUAAUGGUGUUAUUGCCAAGAACAUACACUUGUAGAUUUGCUACCUGAGAAGGCAGCUGAGCACCUCCCCCACCCAACCUUAGCUGUGAAUUUCACUGUGCGAACUGGCCCACAGGACACAGGGUGAGACCAGUUCCAUCCCCAGGAGGGAGGAGAUAGAGUUGGCUCAAGUCAGGCUGCAUGCCAGAGACUUCAGUUGGGCUUUCACAACUACACCAUUCAGCUCUUUUCUAGAGGACUGCACAGAAACAGCUCUUGUUUGACUGAGGUGGGUUGGGUUUUUAAUAUAAAAAGCUUUUAUUGUAUUGGGAAUUAAAUUAACUCCUCACACAUAAUUCCUUGCACUGAAUCAAAAAAAAAAAACAACAAAACACCCCAAAAGUCCAAACCCGGUGUAUAAAACAGAACAGCUCGUCAGCCAGGAAUACCAUAAGGCACACACGUUCAAGUAUUAGUGUAACACGCCCCCGGGGGCGGGGGCAGCGGGGACACUCCCCCAGCCCUGCACAGCUUUGGUUCCUGCCCCCAGCCCCCCAUCCCGCACCCCGCGGGGCUGGGCGCGGGCGGUAACAGUUCACGAUUCCUCCCUCAGCCACCUUUUGUGUCAGUUUCAUCCCCAGCGAGAGCAGCGGGGCAGCAGCAAGAGCUGCUUUCCUGCCGGGUCAGUCGCUCCGCGGCCGCGCCGUGUGUGGCUGCUGCCCUGCUCACCUGGCAGAGGACACCAGGCAAUCGCCAGCUUUUGACAUCCUACUGCAGGUGUGGGAACUGGAAUUCACGAAGUCUCCUCCUUACACAUGCCCUGUAAGUUUAACAAAGGUUUAGCUCUUUUGGUUAACUUCACCAUUGUUGUUAAACAAAUGCCCUCCCUGCAACGGAGUGAAUUUCCACCCCUGCCCCCCUCCCAUUUCUUUAUGCCCCACAGGCCACAGAAAGCUGAGGCUCGGCUCUUCAGCCACCUCAACAGCAGUGUUACCUAUAUCAAAAUAACAAUUGGAGAAACAUUUCUGCACCCAAACAAUUGCUGUAAACAGCUGCUUAUGAGGGCCCUCGGCUGCUAUUUUCUCCCCCCUUAGGUUUCUUUCUCCUCCCAGACACAUGACAGACCUCGUGUGGGAAACUCCCAACAAAAGCCUUUCUCUGCCCUCAAGACAAGGCAGCCUCAGGGAUCAGGGCCAGUCCCUUAAGGCUUGACAGGCUCCCAAUGAUCCUUGUGUUUAUUUCAAAGCUGUAUAGCUUUGUGAUUCGAAUUCUGCAUCUUCCUUCAGGGCUGCGAGGCCGAGGCCGUAUUUUUCUCUGCUUUGUUACUUUCAUUCUGUUCUCAAGGCAUCUGCUUUGGCUUUUGCUUGCAUGUACCUUAAACUGCUAAAUGAUCUACUCUAGGGAACAUACUAUGGUGUUCUCCUGCUUUUAAAAGCCCUUUAAUUUUGUCUCUCAGUGCUGUCAGACUACAAAAUAUUAAGUUAUUAAAAAAAACGCUAAUAUACAUGAUCCAGUAUCCAGGAGGAUAUUUGGUUUUGCACCACAGGUCGGAGGAAAUGUUAAAGGUCAAGGAAAUCGAAAAACAAAUCCAAAAAGCUUCAAAAACAAGCUGGUUUUAGUUUGGAUUUUCCUUUUAAAAAGAUAUAACGCUCUAAUAAAUGUAAAUUUAAGGAAGGUCAUACA